AUGGCCACUGCCCUUUGCUCCCUGAGGGUGACACGCUCCUGGCCACCAUUCCAGAGCGAGCUGCCCGCAGCCGGGAGUGGGAGGAUGUCGCAGUCCACCCAGCCCACCGCCACCGACGAGGGGGCCACGUUCCAGCACCUCUGGAGCUCUCUGGAGCCGGACAGCACCUACUUUGACCUUCCCCAGUCGGGCCAGGGGAAUGAUGAGGCGGCGGGUGGUGCGGAGGCCAGCAUGGAUGUCUUCCACCUGCAGGGCAUGACCGCUUCUGUCAUGUCCCAGUUCCAUUUGCUGAGCAGCGCCAUGGACCAGAUGAGCGGCCGCGCGGCCUCGGCCAGCCCCUACGCCCCAGAGCGCGCCGCUAGCGCUGGCGUGCCCACCCACUCGCCCUACGCGCAGCCCAGCUCCACCUUCGACACCAUGUCGCCCGCGCCCGUCAUCCCCUCCAACACCGACUACCCCGGCCCCCACCACUUCGAGGUGACCUUCCAGCAGUCGAGCACAGCCAAGUCGGCCACCUGGACGUACUCUCCUCUGCUAAAGAAGCUUUACUGCCAAAUCGCCAAGACGUGCCCCAUCCAGAUCAAGGUGUCCACCCCGCCGCCUCCGGGCACUGUCAUCCGCGCCAUGCCCAUCUACAAGAAGGCGGAGCACGUGACCGAGGUCGUGAAGCGCUGCCCCAACCACGAGCUCGGGCGGGACUUCAACGAAGGACAGUCUGCCCCCGCCAGCCACCUUAUCCGCGUGGAGGGCAACAAUCUUUCGCAGUACGUGGACGACCCCGUCACCGGCAGGCAGAGCGCCAUGGUGCCCUACGAGCCCCCGCAGGUGGGGACAGAGUUCACCACCAUCCUGUACAACUUCAUGUGCAACAGCAGCUGUGUCGGGGGCAUGAACCGGCGGCCUAUCCUCAUCAUCGUCACCCUGGAGACACGGGACGGACAGGUGCUGGGCCGCCGGUCCUUCGAGGGCCGCAUCUGUGCCUGUCCCGGCCGAGACCGCAAAGCAGAUGAAGACCACUUCCGCGAGCAGCAGGCCGCGAACGAGAGCGCUGCCAAGAGCGGGGCUGCGGGCAAGCGCGCCUUCAAGCAGAGCCCCCCUGCUAUCCCCGCCCUGAGCGCCAACGUGAAGAAGAAGCGGCACGGGGACGAGGAAACCUACUACAUUCACGUGCGGGGCCGGGAGAACUUUGAGAUCCUGAUGAAGGUCAAGGAGAGCCUGGAGUUGAUGGAGCUGGUGCCCCAGCAGCUGGUCGAGUCCUACCGGCAGCAGCAGCAGCUCCUGCAGAGGCCGAGCCACCUGCAGCCUCCGUCCUACGGGCCCGUCCUCUCGCCCAUGAACAAAGCUCACGGGGCUGUCAACAAGCUGCCCUCAGUCAACCAGCUGGUGGGCCAGCCUCCCCUGCACAGCUCGGCAGCCGGGCCCAACCUGGGGCCCAUGGGCCCCGGGAUACUCAACAACCACGGCCACGCCCUGCCGGCCAACGGCGAGAUAAACGGCGGCCCCAGCUCCCAGUCCAUGGUCUCGGGGUCCCACUGUACCCCGCCACCCCCCUACCACGCCGACCCCAGCCUGGUCAGUUUUUUAACAGGCUUGGGGUGUCCAAACUGCAUCGAGUAUUUCACCUCCCAGGGGUUACAGAACAUUUACCACCUGCAGAACCUAACGAUAGAGGACCUGGGGGCCCUGAAGAUCCCGGACCAGCACCGAAUGACCAUCUGGAGGGGCCUCCAGGACCUGAAGCAGGGCCACGACUACGGUGCGCAGCAGCUGAUCCGCUCCAGCAGCAACGCGGCCACCGUCGCCAUCGGGGGCUCGGGCGAGCUGCAGCGGCAGCGGGUCAUGGAGGCCGUGCACUUCCGCGUGCGUCACACCAUCACCAUCCCCAACCGCGGGGGCGCGGCCGGGGGGGCGGGGCCCGACGAGUGGGCCGACUUCGGCUUCGACCUCCCGGACUGCAAGGCCCGCAGACACUCCAUCAAAGAGGAGUUCACGGAGAGCGAGGCCAACUGAGGGGGAGCCGGCACGCCCGGGGUCCCCCUGACCCGGUGCCACCGACCCAGAGAGCAGAGAACCCCGGGAGCCGCGCUGGAUGCCUGCUUCCUUUUUGUCGCCGACUGCCCUGGGAGGCGGGACCUCGGGGCCGUGCCGGGAAAGGGACUUGGCCAGGGGCGUGCCCGUGACGAGGGGCUCCCGGAGCUGCGCUGAGGGCGCGCGCCCAGGACCCGUCCUCCAGGGGUCCGGGGCCUCCCCCUCCUCCCUGCCUUGCCGUCCCGGGGGCUCUGCUGACCGACUGCCAAAAAGUAUUUUUCGAUGUCUCUGGCUCUGUGCUUGUACCUAAGCACUCCCGUUUUCGGGCCGAGGCCCCAGACUAUCUCUGCCUGAGGCCGCCAGCCUGCCCUUGCACACCCGAGCGCUGGCGCG